AUGGCAGACAAAAUCACCGAAAGUUUCAGCAUCGUCAUAACCAUAUAUCGCUUUCUGGGUCUAUACCCAACCAGAAAUCAAUCAAAAUUGCGAAAAAUUUGGGUGUAUGGUCUAUAUUUCUCUCAAGUGACAACAACAAUCCUCCUUUUUGUUAAUUUCGUGGUGGAAGGACAUUCCGACCCUGCGACGACGAACCAGAUGGGAAUAUUUUUUUCAGAAGCUGUGGCCAGCUGCCUAAAAUCAGUACCAUUUCUGAGAAAUGGGCACAGGAUCAAGAGCUGUAUCAACUAUUUCGGGGACCCUGAAUUCGAAACGAAGAGCAACGAGGAGAAGAAAAUUGUAGACGAGUGUGUGGGAAUUUGUAGACGUAACGUAAAAAUUUAUUUUGUUGCCGUGUUAGUGACUGUAAUUUGUUGGAGUAGUGUGCCUUUGUUUCAAAAAGUACGUCGACUACCAAUUGACGUUUGGUUGCCCUACGACUUGCAAAAUCCGGUGCUGUAUUUUUUAUCUUACACUUUUCUUCUAGCAGUGGGUAUGUAUCUGGGGUUUGUUGGGCAAAUGAUGGGACCGCUGAUUGGAGGGUUAGCCUAUCAUGCCACCUGUCAAUUGAAAAUUUUGAAACAUAACCUACGAAAUCUAAUCCAAUACUCCGAGCACUACUCCAACGCAGAAUUUGAAAGUGUGUUCGGACGAGUAAAACGCAGCAUCAUACAACACAACAAAAUUUUGAAGUUUAUUUCAGACUUCGAAAACUGUUUCUCCUUUUGCGUGUUCUGCGAGCUCGCCGCCAGUAUGUUCGGCUUAUGUUUUAGCUGCGUCGGACUCACCAUGGUUUCUCUCGCGAGUAUGUACGGUGUCAUGUACAUAAUAUCUUACGUCGUUCUUGCUUUCCAAAUAUUGUUCUACUGCCAUUAUGGGACGCUGUUGUUCGAGGAAGUAGCGCGAGAGAGUGAAUUCGCUCACUAAUUUGGUAAUCU